AUGGCAGUGAACCAGGAAGUUCUUGACGCAAUCAAGGGCAUGAGCGUGAUGGAUCUGGCCGAUCUGGUCAAGGCCAUCGAGGAAGAAUUCGGCGUCUCUGCGGCCGCUCCCAUGGCGGUUGCCGCCGCUCCGGCUGCCGGUGUGGUCACCGACGACGCUCCGUCCGCCGGCGACGAGCAGACCGAGUUCACCAUCACGCUGGCCGACUUCGGCGCCAACAAGAUCAACGUCAUCAAGGCCGUGCGCGAGGUUACCGACCUCGGCCUGCGCGAAGCCAAAGAACUCGUCGAAGCGGCUCCGACUCGCGUCCGCGAGGGCGUGAACAAGGAAGACGCCGACAGCAUCAAGACCAAGCUGGAAGAGGCAGGAGCCACGGUGCAGGUGGGCUAG